UGCAUUUCCCGUUGCCUUCGUGAGGAUAAGUCCAACUUUCUUGAGGAGUGGUUUACUUUUCUAGUGAAAUUUCUUUUCUUCAAUCCAAUGAAGCAUCCCCUCAUCUUUGUUGAUGAACUAUCAUGUCUCACACAAUCUUGCCAAUGCAUAUUAUGUUGUCCCACGUUCAAUUAUUUGUGAGCUUUUUCCACUUCCAAUACAAAAGGGUGGUAGACCAAUAGAAAAUGGCACAUGCAGCUCUUGAACCUGCGACCUUCAUUCUAUUAUCAUAAUACUAAGAACCCACUGAGCUAGUAGGCUUUCUGCGGGCUACGGGAAGGGAAGGUUUGAACACUUACGAAAAGUGGAUGUACUGAAACCAUGAAGAAUCAUGAGCCCCGUUCAAGUUCUUCUUGUGCAGCCUGCAAGUUGCUGAAAAGAAGAUGCACUCCCAAUUGUAUAUUUGCGCCGUAUUUUUGCUCCGACGAGCCGACGAAAUUUGCCAAAGUCCACAAGGUGUUUGGAGCAAGCAAUGUGAGCAAGAUCCUCGCUGAAGUGCCGGAGGAGCAACGUGAAGACACGGUGAAUUCGCUCGCAUUUGAGGCGGAGGCAAGGCUUAGGGACCCUGUUUAUGGCUGCAUUGGUGCCAUAGCUUUGCUGCAGAGAAAGACGGUUGAGCUGCAACAUGACCUGACCAUUGCUAGAGCUCGUCUUGCUCUCUAUGCUGCUACUUCUUCAUCUUCUUCUUCGUCUAUUAUCUUGGAUGAUCACGUUAGCAUGGCUCCCUUCCCUAGUGUUCCUGGUUGCGAUGGACUGGCUUAUAGUUUCGGCCAGAGUUCAUCUGAUUUGAGCAGAUAUGGACCGCUGAAUGAUUUCGGCCACGGCCCAUACAUAUCAUGAUUAUGAAUCUAUGAUCUCUCUCUCUUCAUACAGCAGCUACUACAAAAGCAUUGCCUGGUUUCUUUAAUAUAUAUGAAUUGUUAUCAGUUUUACCUUUUCUUUUUCCAACUAUAUUAUCAGUAUUUUUUUUUUCAAGAUUGGGCAAUCUGAAUCACCAUCUGAUCCUCCGACCAGAGUGUGAUGGAAGGCAGGGCAGCUUGAGGAUUCUCGCUUGCUGUGACAAACAUAUCCCAGCAAAAAUUCCAAUAACAGGCAAAAAUAUUUUAGCCUUGGACGGUGGCACACCAAAAAGUACAGAGUUGUGGGAAUCGCGGUGCCCACUGUUUCAAUGCAACAUAAUGGGUUAUGAUUUGACUAGCCCCACAAUUUGCCGUCAACAUUACUUGUUGCAAUGCGAAUCCAAAGUCUAGUGUUUCGGUUAUUAAUCAACUACGUUACCAUCGGGAAGGGUGAGAAUUCAAUUCUCGCCUUCAAAUUCAAGAUUCGCAUCCAUGUAAUUUUCUGUUCGGAUUCCUAAUCAAGUUGA